AUGGCGGUUGUUGAUUUUGUUCCCUUGCCUCAAAGUGCAGGAUACGCCGUUAUUGUGGGGAUGGGUGCAGUUUUUGCAGCUGGUAUGAUGUUAACCACAUACUUGUUAAGAAGAUACAAUAAGGAAAUCAUCACUGCUGAAGAAUUUGCUACUGCAGGUAGGUCUGUGAAAUCCGGAUUGAUUAGUGCUGCCGUGGUUUCUUCAUGGACAUGGGCGGCAACGUUGUUAACCUCAACUACCCAAGUUUAUAAAAACGGGAUUUUUGGAUCGUGCAGUUAUGCAUUUGGGGCUACCGUCCAGGUGACGCUAUUUGCUUCAUUGGCUAUUAAAGCUAAAGAAAGAGCACCACUGGCUAGAACUUAUUUAGAAAUCGUCAAAGCCAGAUAUGGAACUGCUACGCACAUGGUUUAUAUAUUUUGGGGUUUGGCCACAAAUAUCUUGGUCACGGCAAUGUUGUUGACUGGUGGUUCAGCAACCAUUAGUGAUUUAACAGGUAUGCACCCUGUUGCUUCAUGUUUGUUGGUGGGGCUUUCCCCAACCGUUUAUUCUAUUUUUGGUGGAAUUAAAGCAACUAUAUUGACUGAUUAUGCUCACACGGUGAUUAUGGUUACAAUUAUAAUAAUUUUUGCAUUUAGUACUUGGGCUACAAACGACAAGUUGGGUUCGCCUGGUGUUGUUUGGGAAAUCAUUACACAACUAGGCAAAGAAAAGCCCGUUGAAGGUAAUGCUCAAGGCUCAUACUUGACAUUUCACUCAAGAUCGGGAGGUAUUUUUUUUGUCAUCAAUAUCGUUGGUAAUUUCGGAACUGUGUUUUUGGACAAUGGCUAUUUUAACAAGGCGUUUGCUGCUAAUCCUGUUUCUGCUUAUAAAGGUUAUAUCUUGGGUUCGUUGGCAUGGUUGCCGAUUCCAGCAUUUUGUUCUUUGACUAUGGGAUUCGCCGCUUUGGCACUUGAGCACACAGAGUAUUGGCCAUUGGGAAGACCAAUGACUGCUGAUGAAGUUGCUGAAGGUCUAGUUUUACCCAAUGCUAGUGCUGCAUUGCUUGGGAAAGGUGGUGCUUGUUUGAGCUUGAUUAUGAUCUAUAUGGCAGUAACAAGUGCAAUGUCUUCCGAGUUGAUUGCUGUCUCAACCAUCACCACUUAUGAUAUCUACAGAAGCUACAUUAAUCCAAAUGCCAAUGGUAAGAAAUUGAUUUGGAUUUCGCAUUUAUCCUGUGGUAUUUUUGCCUACGUUAUGGCCGGCUUUGCUGUUGGUCUUUAUUAUGCUAAUGUCUCAAUGGGAUUCUUGUAUGAGCUAAUGGGUGUUAUUAUUGGUGGUGCUGUUUUGAGUUCGGCAAUGACAAUCUUGUCGAGUAGACAAAACUGGCACGCUGCUACAUUCACGCCGCCAAUUGCCACUGCUUUGGCUAUUAUGGCGUGGUUGGUGUGCUGCAAGACUAAAUUUGGAUCAGUUACUUACGACAAUUUGUUUGAAGAUGAUGUUAUGCUCACAGGUAAUGUUGUUGCCUUGUUAUUCCCAUUGAUAACUGUCCCACUAUUGACAAUUAUCUUCAAACAACAGCACUUUGACUGGAAAUUGUUAGAAACAAGAAUAACUCGUGUUGAUGAAGAUGAAGAAUUAAUGGAGGCUACGCAAUCGGAAAACCAAGGUGAUUCUGAGAAAUUGGCUCCAAUAAAGUCACAGAUUUCAGUGAUUGCCAGUGGAUUACUAGAACAAGAAAGAGGACGCUUUUCACAAGAACAAAAAACCUUACGAAAAGCAUUUACGAGAACAGUGAUUGUUUGUGUAGCACUCACAUUAUCGCUCUUGGUUAUUUGGCCAAUGCCAAUGUAUGGAAGUAAAUACAUCUUUUCCAAACACUUCUUUACUGGUUGGGUUGUUGUAUUUUUCAUUUGGAUUUUUUAUACGGUUUUCCAAGUUAUUGUAUAUCCCGUUUGGGAAGGAAGAAAAAGUUUAGCAAGUACAGCAAGAGGCAUCUAUUGGGAUUGUACUGGACAAACACAUAAAUUAAGGGCAUGGCAAAACUCACACCCUGAACAAAUGCACGCUGUACAAUCUCAAAUUCAAGCACAAUUAUCAAAUACAGCAAUUGAUGUUGUUAAUGGUAAGGUGCUAUAUCGUGAAGUGGGGUUCAUUGAUGAUACCUUAUCCGACGAAAAGAAAUAA